AGGCGGCGCUGAGUCAGCGUCGAACCUUCUCGUCGGUCCGUCGGAGCCGACGCUCAAAUAGCGGCGCCGCGCCGCCAGCCGCCACUCAGCCGCCGCCGGUUCCAGCCGCAGGUGUCCGACGCUCGGCAAGCGCCCAGACCCCAGAGCCGCCAUGUCGGUGCCAAUGUACUUCGACGAUCCGUUCUUCGACGACGCGCUGCGCGACUUCGGCCGCCACCGCACGCCGCGCGUGUUCGACCAGCACUUCGGCAUGGGCGUGCGCCGGCCCCACGUUGACGUGGAGGACUACCUGCCGCUGCGCUCCAGCCGUCGCUACGUCACUAGGCAGCCGGUGGUGCUCCACAGGCAAAACUCAGGCACCUCGGAGAUCGUCAACCACAAGGACCGGGUGGAGAUGAAGCUGGACGUACAGCACUUUACACCAGACGAGCUCAAGGUCAAGAUCUCGGACGGCAAGGUGGUGGUCGAGGCCAAGCACGAGGAGAAGGCGGACGAGCACGGCUGCGUGUCGCGCCAGUUUACGCGCAAGUACGAGCUGCCCGAGGAUGCCGAUGAGGACGCCGUGGUGUCCCACCUCAGCAAGGAAGGUGUCCUCACCAUCACGGCGCCGCGCAAGGUUCCCGAGCAGCCGAGCAAGCCGGAGAAGUCGGUGCCGCUCAAGGUGGACAAGGAGGAGAAGAAGGCGGAGAAGAAGUGAGAGGUGUGGUGUCCCGGACCUGAUGGAAGGACCCUGAGGGCGGUAAAGCGAUUUGGGCUGUCACUCAGCGACCGAACUCGAUAUUCUACGGCGGAAGAUCGUGGUUCACAUCGCAGUCUGGCAUCACUCUGCACCGGUGCCAGUGCACAAGCCGUCAGAUCAAAGCAGUGAUACACCGCCUGUGACACAUACUUGGCACUUGCAGCCGAUCGUAAAUAUUGAUAAGCUGUGUGGAGGGCAGGAAUCGGCUGAGAAAAUGUUUGUAACAAGCGAAAAAUGUGUUGCUUUCGUUAAGGCAGACGGAAAAAUAAACAACGGAGAACCAAUGCAACGUAA